UGCUCCAGGCCUCUCUGGCCCGGAGCCCGCACAGUGCGCACGCGCACAUGGGGCCGGUGCGCUGACUGGCUGUGCGUCUCACGCUCUUGCUAAAUGGCGUUGCUGGCGGGUAGGUUGAACCCGAGGAGUUGGCGGGGCGAUGUGCAGCGACUUUCGCAGGGCAGAAUCCGGGACCGAGCUCCUUGCCCGACUUGAAGGCAGAAGCUCCUUGAAAGAACUAGAGCCCAGCCUGUUUGCUGAUGAAGAUUCACCAGUGCACGUGUCCUCAUGCGAGCUGCAUCGGCCGAUGCUGAGCAGCUCCAGUGGGCACAGCUGCUCGGCAGUUACCAGAGGGACAUGCUGCUACCCUUCCUGCUGCCCGCGUACUGACAUUUCCUGUGCAGCUUCGGUCGUGUGCCUUUGUCGUCAACUCCUGUCGUCUCCCUCAGCCUGGCGUCCUCUGGGCUUGCUGGUACAGCAGGUGAUAUUCUUGAAUUUCAUGGUCCAGAAGGAACGGGGAAAACAGAAAUGCUUUAUCAUUUAACAGCCCGAUGUAUACUUCCAAAAUCAGAGGGUGGACUGCAAAUAGAAGUCUUAUUUAUUGAUACAGAUUACCACUUUGACAUGCUACGGCUUGUGACAGUUCUUGAGCACAGACUCUCGCAGAGCUCGGAGGAAGCCAUCAAGCUGUGCCUGGGCAGGCUGUUCCUGGCGUACUGCAGUAGCAGCAUGCAGCUGCUGCUCACGCUGUACUCGCUGGAAGCCCUGCUGUGCAGUCACCCCUCUCUCUGCCUGCUCAUUGUGGAUAGCAUGUCAUCUUUCUACUGGAUAGACCGGGUCAGUGGAGGAGAGAGUGUGAGCCUGCAGGAGUCAACACUGCAGAAGUGCUCUCAGCUCCUGGAGAGGCUCGUCACCGAGUACCGCUUGCUGCUGUUCGCAACAACACAGAGUCUGUUGCAGAAAGGCUCAGACUCAGCAGAAGGGCCUUCCUCCUCCAAGCACCCGUGCGAUGGAGACAUGGACUACAGAGCCUAUCUCUGCAAGGCCUGGCAGAGGGUUGUGAAGCACAGAGUCGUCUUCUCCAGAGAGGAUGAGGCCAAGAGCAGCCGGUUCGCACUAGUUUCACGACAUUUAAAAAGUAACAGUUUAAAAAAACACGUUUUUAUGAUUAGAGAAAGUGGGGUGGAGUUUUGUUGAUCUGUAUCAUCAGAAAGGCUUUUGGUGCACUAAGGCAAGUCUUUAAAGUCUUUUAUAGGCUAAAGUGGUUUGAUUCUGGGGAAAUUAAUAUAAACAGUACAGGAAAACUCGAAGCUGUUCUGCCCCCUCCAGGGUGGAGAAGGUCAAUCAGAGCUGAACUCCACUGAGCUUGUUUUGAGGCUCAGUGCAUGAUACACGUGUCAGACCGGGUCACUCUCAGAGCACUUUAGGAAGAGUUCACUGCUGGCCCCUGGCCCCCGGGGCUGUGACUGGAGUGUGCAGCGCUGAUAUUCCAGCUGAAGGAAGCAGCACAGGAAAACCUGCCCAUCUGCCUCCCUCAAGAAACUGGAAUGAGCUGGUCUGGAGGAGGCAGGUGGAUCUCUGUGAGUUCAAAGUUUGCCUGGUCUAUAUAGUGAAUUCCAGGAUAACCAGAGCUGCAUAAUGAGAUCCUGUCUCCAAAAUCCACUCGAUAAACAGAGAGCUAGCUAGCAAGGUGAGACUGGAGUGUUCGCGUCUUCCUCCUUCCUCUCCCCCAUUUCCUCUCCUCUCCUGCUUCCCCCAAGGAUGUCAUGUAGUUCAAGCUGGACUUCAUGACGUUUCUGCCUCUGCCUCCGGUAAACAGUUGUUGCUCCUUGUAGCCAGCACAUUUUGAGGAGUUACACUUGAAUUCAAGAUGAGUUUCCAUUGUUUCGGGGUUCUGUGUAAUUUUUCAAACACAGGGAAAUGAUGUAUUCAUUUUAGAGGUCUGAGUUUAUUUUGGAAUGCUCAUGUCAUUAAUUGAGCGAUUCUGAAACUGUUGCAGUAUAUAUCAGUAGUGUUCUCUUCCUUGUCUAGAACAGCCAGAGACUCCUUGGACCAGGCUUUCCUUUCCAGCUGUGCGCUGAGGGAGGGAGACUCAGAAAGAGUUUGCACUGCUAAGAGGUGUCCUAGUCAAGAUUGCUAGUGCCACGAUGAAACACUGUGACCAAAAGAAUGUGGAAGAGCCUUGAAAGGGUUUAUUGGUUUAUACUUCUCUAUUUGAAGGAGGUCAGGAUAGGAACUUACGAAGGGCAGAAACUUUGAGGCAGGAGCCAAUGCAAAGUUCAUGGAGGGUGCUGCCUCCUAGUUUGCUCAGUCUGCUUUGUUGUAUAACCUAGGACCAUCAGCCUGGGGUGGCCCCGCCCGGGAUGGGCUGGGCCCUCCCCCAUUAAUCACUAAGAAAAUGCCCUGCAGGCUUGCCUACAGCCUGAUCUUUUGGUGACAUUUUCUCAACUGAAGCUCCCUCCUCUCUGGUGACUGUAGCUUGUAUCAACUUGACAUAAAACUAGCCAGCAUGGAGUAUGUGUAGGAAGAAGGCUUUAGAAAAUCCCUUUACGUGUUCUGAUCCAGGGGAAGGCCCACGUAUGAUGUUCAGAAUAACUGCUAUUCUCAAACCUGUUAAUGCCUUAUGUCACAAAAUAUCUUGUUCACCUUUGUUCUUGUGGCUUUGUUCAUUCAUAUUACCAGAGGUUUAUGAGUUAAAAAGCAUCCUGUAGAGAAGCUGAGAAUAAAUUCCUUGGACAUAGCCAUAUAACUUGCUGUCUACCCUGCCCUGCCUGUGUCCCUGAGCCUGCCCGCACUCACCCUGGCCUUCUGAGGCUGUCUUCUGUGUCUUGAGCCUGCUGGGCUGGACAGUCCUGAAGCAGAGAGGGUAGGAGCUGACUUCUCAGCCACUGCAAGGUGGAUAGCACUUAUUUGAGUAAUGCUUUCCUCAGUGUAUCAUGCUCCUCAGUUAAUUCUUCUCAUAGACUACGGCUGUGUCCUCAUGAGCGAGAAGGCUUUUUUUAAACCCAGGCUCACUGUAUAGCUCUAGCUGCCCUCCUGAUUGCAGGUAUUAAAGAUGUGUACUGGUGUGCCUGCCUCAUUAAUAUGAUUUAAAAAUAGUUUGAAACUAAAAUGCAAUUAUAUAAUUUCCAUAUUCCCUUUCCUACCCCUAAUCACUACCAUGUGCAUCACCCACCUUCCUCUCAAAUUCACUCAUGUUUCUGGGCUUGUUUUUCUAAUUGUAUAUAAAUAUACAGAUAUUUUAAUUGUAUAUAAAUACACAGACAAUUCCUAAACAUACAGUCUUCUCAGUCCUUAUAAUGUUACUUGUAUGUAUGUUCUUAGGGCUGACUGCUAUUGAAUAACCAGUUGGAGAACUUUCCCUGGGGAAGACUGUUGCCCCUGCUCUUAGCAGUCCUUAGUUGCCCAUAGAUUUUUGUCUCGGACUGGGGCCCCAUGAGAUCUCCCCUUCCACGUCAGCAUGUCUGUUGGUUCAGGUCCUUUAGGCAGCCAUGUUGUUGAGCUUUCUUCUGGCACAAUCUGGCAGCAUACAUCCCGUUCUCUGAUGCUUACAGCCUGUCCCCUUCUUCUGAGAUGCCCCGCGAGCCUUGGUGCAGGGGGUGUUGUAGAUGGAUGACGGGCAGGACAUCGCAUGCCCACUUGUUCUCUUCAUCUUGACUCCUGUAGUUUUCUGUAAUGGCUUCUGUUGCAAAGAGAUGUUUCUUUGUUGAGGGAUGAGAACUAUACUUUGUAUAUUUACAAUGCACAGAGGAAUUAUGCUGCUUUAAUAAAGUGGUUUAUUAAUACAAUUUUAAACAUUUCUGUAUUUCAUAUUUCCAAUUUUUUUUUAAUAAAAAAAGUUCUUGUGUGUGCCA